UCUCUCUCACUCUUCUCUUAUCUUCUCUGGGCGACUGGGCGACAAGGCGAGCACCGCUGCGGAGGCGCCGCGUCGGCGGGCGAGACCGGUGCGGCGUCGGCGGGAGAGAGCGGUGGCGGAGAGGCGGCGCCGACGACUCCGCGCCGCUCGGCCUUGUCGUCGGCGGCGGCUCCGAGCGCGAGGGAGGAGGGCGCGGGCCUCGUCGUCGGCGUUGGCGGCGGGGGUGGCCUCUCCGGCGGCGGCGGUGGCGGGUAGGGGGCGGCUCCUCCGGCUGCGACGGCGCGGGAGAGGCUGGCGGCGAGGGUGUAUGAGGAGGAAGGCGCCGUCCGCGGUUUCCUGCUGCUUCCCCUUCACCGUCGUCGAGCUCGUCGGCCUCGCCGGCACCGGCACGUCGGCGCGGCACAGGGGGCACGUCGUCCGCAGGCGAGCGCGCGCACCGUCUCCCCUUCCUCGACGGCGCGCAGGCACACCGCGCACUCCGCCGCCGCUGCCGCCGCCGCACUACCUCCGCGGCGGGGCGGGAGCACGAAGCAGGGCAGCCGCGCAAUGGCGGCGGAGUCGAGGUGCCUCGACGCCUACUGGCCUACUGGGUCGACGCGCCACGCGGCGCCCUCAACUUCGUCAUCGAGCUCUUCGUCUCCGGCACGCUCCGUCAGUACAGGGAGAAGCACCGGCGGGUGAGCGUGGCGGCGGUGCGGCGCUGGUGCGCACAGAUCCUCGACGGGCUCGCCUACCUCCACGCACACUCGCCGCCCACCAUCCACCGCGACCUCAAGUGCGACAACAUCUUCGUCAACGGCAACCAGAGGGAGGUCAAGAUCGGCGACCUCGGCCUCGCUGCGUUCCGCCUCUCCGCCGCCGGCGGCGGCGGCGACCACACUCGCUGCGUAGGCACGCCGGAGUUCAUGGCUCCCGAGGUGUACGAGGAGUCCUACGACGAGCUCGCCGACGUCUACUCCUUCGGCAUGUGCGUCCUCGAGAUGGUCACCCUCGAUUACCCCUACAGCGAGUGCUCCAACCCCAUCCAAAUCUACAAGCGAGUCAUCUCCGGGAUCAAGCCUGCUGCGUUGUACAGGGUGAGCGACCCGGUGAUGAGGCAAUUCAUUGAACGGUGCCUCGCCCCGACGGCGCGAGCUGCUCGACGACCCGUUCCUGCUGCCGCUCGAAGACGAUGGCUUCUUCUCCGGCGACGGCGAUGGCCAUGGCAGUGUUGGCGUUGCCUACUACAAUUUGAUGUACAACUACCUGCACCAGCCUGCUUGCAUCGACGAUCACCAUGCGAAGGGAUCGACAAGGUUUGGGUGGGACGGACGAGACGGCGGCCCGCGGGGGGAGGACAUGGCGGCGUGCCGGCGGGCGCCGCUGCCGCGGCCCUCCCUUUCUCCCGCGUCACCGCCGCCACCGCCACGUCGUCGGCCGUCGGAUUUCCUCCCUCGUCUCGCCCGGCGACCUCCUCUCCACCCGCCGGGCGGCCACCAUACCAGAGAGGAUAAAAGUGAGAGAGAGAUGAGGAAGGGAGAGAGGGGAAAGAGUGACGUGGCGUACUGACACGUGGGGCCCAUAUGGGUCCCAUGCUGACUCAGUCACCACAUCGGAUAAAACCGGGUUUAAAACUACCUAAGGAUUUAAAGUGAAUGUUUUUGUAAGUCAAGGGAUAUUAUAUAUCUGGUUUUGUGGUUGGGGGACGAUUUUUUAAUUCGAUGACAAGUUGAGGGA